GGGCGACCGGGGCGGGAUAGGAGGCAAGCAGCCGUCGGGCACCUCCCCUCAGUGCUAACCCCCCCACCCCAGCCAUGGGGACGGCGUCGUCGCUGGUGAGCCCGGCGAGCGGGGUCGGGGAGGUGAUCGAGGACACGUACGGUGGCGGCGAGGCCUGCGAGAUCCCGGUGGAGGUGAAGCCCAAAGCCCGGCUGCUCCGCGGAUCCCUGCGGCGCGUCGGCGCCUCACGGCCCGGCGGCCUGAUCGGGGCAGCCUUCAAGUCUACGGUCGUGCAGGAGCUGGAGUGCGUGGCCGAGUACGAGCGACAGAAGGAGUACGAGAUCUUCCGCGUCAGCAAGAACAACGAGGUGGCAUCCAUGGUGAAGAAGGAGGCCAAGCUGGACAGGGAGAACAAGAGGCUACGAGCGGAGCUGCAGGCACUUCAGAAGACUUACCAGAAAAUACUGAGAGAGAAAGAAAGCGCAUUAGAAGCUAAAUACCAAGCCAUGGAGAGAGCUGCCACAUUUGAACAUGAUCGAGAUAAGGUCAAAAGGCAGUUCAAGAUUUUUAGAGAAACAAAAGAAAACGAGAUUCAGGACUUACUGAGGGCUAAACGAGACCUAGAAGCAAAACUUCAGAGACUCCAGGCCCAAGGAAUCCAAGUGUUUGAUCCUGAAGAAUCUGAUUCUGAUGACAAUUGUACAGAUGUCACAGCUGCUGGCGCUCAAUCUGAAUAUUGGAAUGGAGGAGCUUUGGGAAGUGAGCCAUCCAUGGGCAGUAUGAUGCAACUUCAACAGUCUUUCAGGGGGCCUGAAUUUGCUCACAGCUCUAUAGAUGUUGAGGGACCAUUUGCAAAUAUAAACAGGGAUGACUGGGAUGCUGCUGUUGCCAGUAUAUUACAGGUUACUCCUCUGUUUUCCCACUCUCUGUGGAGUAACACAGUGAGGUGUUUUAUUAUUAGCACUGAUGAGACUCAACCAGAAGUGGAAAUCUUCAUCAGAAACUACUCACCAAAACUUCAAAGAAUCUGUGAAACAAUGGGCUACUUCUUUCAAGUUGUUCAUUUUCCAGCAGCAAAUGAAAAUCAUUUUAAAGAAGUACGAAAAUGGGAAAUUGAAAAAAGUUCAUUAGUCAUUUUACUCCUACAUUUAACUUUGCCAAGUUGUUUGUUGGAAGACUGUGAAGAAGCCUUCUUGAAAAAUCCAGAAGAAAAACCCCGUCUGAUUUACCACAGAAUGGGUGAUGACAGAGUCAGCUCAGACUCAGUGCAGCAGUUAAUUGAGCAAAUUUCUCAUGUGAACAAAGCAAAGAGGAUUGAUCACGUGGGAGAUGUGGAGGAAGGAACAUAUGAAAUCUAUACUUGUGUGGAGAAGAUAAUUAAACAGGAUAUUUUGGGCUGUGAAAUGACAGAACUGGAAGGCAAAGAUUUGGGUAAUAAGGAAGAGUCCACUGCUCCUGAAGAAGAAGUUUUUGGAGAUGUACUGUGGGAUGCGCAUGAUGAACAGGAACAGAUGGAAGCUUUUCAGCAAGCCUCUAAUUCAACAUGUGAGCUGGGAUUUGAGAAAUAUUUUGAACGUCUAAAUGACCUUGUAGCAGCACCAGCACCAAUUCCACCUCUGCUUGUAUCAGGAGGACCAGGUUCUGGGAAAUCUCUCCUUCUGUCAAAAUGGAUUCACUUGCAGCAGAAGCAUUCACCAAACACUCUGAUUCUUUAUCACUUUGUUGGGAGGCCCAUGUCAACCAGUUCAGAAUCUGCAUUAAUAAUUAAGCGCCUUACUUUAAAGCUUAUGCAACAUUCCUGGUUAGUGUCACCUCUGACCUUGGAUCCUACUAAACUUCUGGAAGAAUUUCCCCGUUGGCUGGAGAAACUUUCUGCACGUCAUCAAGGCAGCAUAAUUAUAAUUAUCGAUUCUAUUGACCAAAUACAGCAAGCUGAAAAGCAUAUGAAAUGGCUGAUAGAUCCGCUGCCAGUGAACGUGAGAGUGAUUGUAUCAGUGAAUGUAGAAACAUGUCCACAGGCUUGGAGGUUGUGGCCUACCCUUCAUCUUGAUCCACUGAAUUCCAAGGACGUUAAAGCUCUCAUUAGUGCAGAAUGUAGCUCUGCGAAUGUUAAACUGACUAAAGAGCAGGAGAAGAAGCUUGAGAGACAUUGUCGUUCUGCCACAACUUGCAACGCUUUGUAUGUCACUCUAUUGGGCAAAACCAUUGCUCGUGUUGGAAGUGCAGGAAAUAUUGAUGAAACACUUCAGCAGUGUUUCCAGUGCCAAGACACAGUGUCCUUGUACAGGCUUGUUCUGAGAUCAAUUCAAGAAUCAUUGUGCAGUGACAAAGAGAAGGGGCUUUUGAGAGAGAUACUGUGUGUCAUUGGUGUUAGCCACAAUGGUGUGAGUGAAUCUGAGCUGAUGGAACUGUAUCCUGAGCUGUCUUCUGCAGUGCUAGCUUCACUCGUUCACAACCUGCACAAAAUGUGUUUGCUGACAUAUGGCUGUGGUUUGCUCAAGUUCCAGCAUCUCCAGGCUUGGGAGAUGGUGAGAUUAGAGUAUAUGGAAGAAGGUGCCAAUAUUAUUUCAGCCUAUAGACAAAAACUUGUGGACUAUUUCACCAUGCAACUAAGUCGAGACCGAGUGACGUGGAGAAGUGCAGAUGAACUUCCCUGGCUCUUCCAACAGCAAGGUGACAAGCAAAAGCUACACAAGUGUCUUCUGAAUCUCUUUGUAUCCCAGAACCUUUACAAAAGGGGACAUUUUGCAGAAUUGCUGAGUUACUGGCAGCUGGUUGGGAAAGAUAAGAGCUCUAUGGCAGCUGAGUAUUUUGACUCUCUGAAAGAAUAUGAAAAAAGCUGUGAGGGAGAGGAAAGUAUGAUCUGCCUGGCUGAUCUUUAUGAGACCCUGGGACGGUUUCUUAAGGACCUAGGUCUUCUCAGUCAGGCUGUAGCUCCUUUGCAGCGGUCUUUGGAGAUUCGAGAGACUGCGUUGGAUCCAGACCACCCAAGGGUGGCACAAUCACUUCACCAGUUAGCGGGAGUUUAUGUUCAGUGGAAGAAGUUUGGGAAUGCUGAACAGCUCUAUAAACAGGCACUGGAAAUCUCUGAAAAUGCUUAUGGGGCUGAACAUCUUCGGGUAGCCCGUGAACUUGAUGCUCUUGCCAUGUUGUACCAAAAGCAAAACAAAUAUGAACAAGCUGAGCAGUUGAGGAAAAAGUCCUUCAAAAUACGCCAAAAAGCAGCAAGACGAAAAGGCAGUUUGUGUGGCUUUGCUCUUCUACGUCAAAGAGCCCUGCAACUGGAAGAGCUCACAUUGGGCAAGGAUACAUCAGACAAUGCUCGAACCCUCAACGAGCUUGGAGUCCUUUAUUACCUGCAAAAUAAUCUUGAGACAGCAGAACUUUUUCUGAAGCGCUCCCUGGAAAUGAGAGAAAGAGUCCUGGGACCCAACCAUCCCGACUGCGCACAGUCUCUGAACAAUCUGGCAGCCCUGUACAAUGAGAAGAAGCACUACGAGAAGGCAGAGGAACUCUAUGAAAAGGCUUUGGACAUCAGGAGGAGAGCAUUGGCUCCAGACCAUCCCUCCUUGGCUUACACAGUGAAACACCUGGCAGUGCUGUACAAAAAGAUGGGAAAGCUUGACAAGGCUGUUCCUCUGUAUGAACUAGCUGUUGAAAUACGACAGAAGUCAUUUGGCCCCAAACACCCCAGUGUAGCGACGGCUUUGGUGAAUCUGGCUGUUCUUUAUUGUCAGAUGAAAAAGCAGACUGAAGCUUUACCUCUUUAUGAACGUGCAUUAAAGAUUUAUGAAGACAGCUUUGGUCACAUGCAUCCUCGCGUGGGAGAAACUCUGAAGAACUUGGCUGUGCUCAGCUACGAAGGGGGAGAUUUUGAGAAGGCAGCUGAACUUUACAAGAGAGCUAUGGAAAUAAAAGAAGCAGAGACUUUGUUAAUAGGUGGAAAAGCAAUUUCUCGACACUCAUCAAGUGGAGACACAUUCAGUUUAAAAAGUGCUUUAUCACCAAACAUUUUCCUGGAACAUGGACAAAGGUGAUAGAAACCUGCUCAAAGAAAAGGUAGUUUCUAUUGCUAUUUUUAUAUAAAACUAUUAAGAAAACUUAUUUUUCCUGGGUUAAAUUACUACUUUGGAACUUAAGACUGUCUUUGUGAAUGACAGGGAAACAUAUUUAAUCUUAAAAUCCUUCCACGUUAACUUUGUGGAAUGUGUGGUACGAAGUGAGAUUCUUCCACUGUGCACAGAAAUGUGUAUAAGGUACUUGCUUAAGCAAACUUACAUUCAAGAGACUUCUGCAAAAACAAUUGGCAUCCUUGGGAAACAAACAUAUCUUAAGAUACAGCUGUAUACAAGGAAAACUCUUUCGGAGUUCGGAUUCAACAACUGUAGCUGUUCAGUGAAAACACUUUCAGUGAGGAAUCUGAAUGAAAAGGAGCAUGAUGUGAUGCCUUCUUGUUAAACCUUUAAAUGCACUUCCACUAUUUAAUCUCAUUGAGUCCUUUGCAAUCCAAGAAUGCUUGUGUAAGCUGGAAGAAUCUACCGAUGCAAAAUAGCUUGCCAUCUAAUAAAAAGAUGCUAAUCAAAUCUA